CACAGUUCGCAAAAUAAUUACAUCUUAGCACACUGUAAAUAAAUCAUCUUUUCGUUUCCGCUGAAAAGUCUUCACAGUGAAAUGUCGCGUGAGUAGACGAUCUUUGCUGAAAGGUGGUUGCCGAAGUUGUCAGAAGCAGGCGAGAGUCCACGAGAACGGGAACUGUUGUGGAUUACCCACCCCACACAUACCGAACAGGGAAGGACGGGAUUGUCCGAGAAACUUUAAAAAAAUAAAUAAGAAAAAGACAACCGUUCAAUCGGACACGGUGGCAGCUCCGAGGAGAAAAGUUUCCCGGGAUUUAAGUUCGCAGAGGAGCGCCGGAGUUCGCCGUCCUUUCCCGGGAGGACUCACAAGCGGAGGCACGUUCAGGUCUGCUGCUGAGCCAUGGUGGUAAAUAUUUCCCUCUUAUGCUGAGCCGCCUUGUGGGACAGUCAGAGGCAUCAUGGCGGAUUUGCCCAUCGCGCCGGGCGAGAUCUACAUCGAAGUCGAGUACGACUAUGAGUACAAGUCCAAGGACCGCGUCAUCACCAUUCGGGAAGGGGAAUGUUACAUGCUGAUGAAGAAAGCUAAUGAGGACUGGUGGCAGGUGAGGAAAGACGAAACCACAAAGCCGUUUUACGUACCGGCUCAGUAUGUGCGUGAGGUCCGGAAAGCCCUCAUGCCGCCACCGAAACCCCUCUCACACUCCCACUCUGCGUCUGGAAACUCCAACCCACGCAGCGGCGCUUCCCUCUGGGUGAAACCAAACACUCUGGACCUGGGGAUCAAUAACCAAGCCGCUGACUCCCUUCACCGAAACGAGUCCAAAACCCGGCGCUCUCCUUCCGCCCAAACUGCCUCUUCAGCCCACUUCAGUCCCCCGAUCCCCCGCAGGAACAGUAACCACCACCAUGCUCCCGGUACGCCCACCGAGCACGAGCGCUGUCUUGCAGAAAUCCUUGUUCAGGGCGGCUUACCCCUAAAAGGCUCGUCCAGCACCCUGCCUCGCACCCGCACCCGGUCGCCGGACUCGCUGAGGGCGCCGCCGGACGCCACGCAGCACUGCGACUCCGCAGGAGAGGAGAGACGCACCAACGACUCAGAGUCGGGAGAUGAACUGAGCAGCUCUUCGACUGAACAUCUCCAGCAUCAUGUGUCCCCUCUCACCGACGUCACAACAGACUGA